UCGUCCCGUUUGUCGGACCGCUUACUGGCCCGAGAACUGUACUUGUUCGAGCAGCGCUUCUUGAUGACGACACUGUGACAAGUGCGUGCUGGUGAGCAUGCGACUCCGACCGUGAUAUGUUGACUUGCGUAUAAAGGCUCGCCGCCUCGGCGUGUCCACGGCGUGUUACUUGAAGUCUCCCAUCGUCACUCGGGCUCAUGUCAGAGCGUGAAGACUCGGACGACGGCGCUGAGGCUGUUCUGCACGGCACAGUCGCGCCAGACGCUCUUCAUGAUGCUACCACCGGCUGCGAAGAGUCAUACCCCGAUCCCUCGAUGUCGAGUGCUGCCACGGCUUCCACACCAGCAGAUCCAUCGACGGAACUGAACGAUUCGCUGUACAUGAAGAUCCUCCGUCCAUCCGACGCGCUCAUACCAAAGCCGCCCGCUACCACCAAUUACUGUUAUUACGGGUGGCCAUUGUCGAUCUGGCAACUGAAAGGCGCUCUCUUACGCAUUUGUCGAUCUUAUGAUCUUGAUGGCGUACCCAUCCCUCGCAUGAUUCCCGAGAUGACCUUCAUGCUCGAGAACAAGUUGGGAUUCCGGUACCCAUUGCGAACCGCUUUUGUCAAGGCGGGGAAGGAAGACAAGGAUUUGCCACUCAAGCUGUACCCAACAGCGCCCGGCAUUUCUUUCCUCUUCCUCGUCGGCACAUGCGGAAAACCCUUUCAAGACCAACGGCCGACACAGGAGCAGGUGAGGAUUUUGACCGACGAAUGGUUCGGGAAUCCAGCUCAGUGGAUGGAGGACGCUAAGAGUAAGGAGGACUGGCUAGGUUACAGUUGGGCUUGUUGAGGACUGGCUAGGUUAUAGCUGGGCUUGUCAGCCUAGGUUAUUCGCCGUGACCUAACGGGGGUUUGCCUCGUGGAUCAAUUUAUCCGCUCCUCGACACACAAUAUCGUGUGCGUAUCAGACUUUACAGUCCAUUGAGCUCGAC